AUGGGAGGAAUGGGAGGAGGAGGGAUGGGAGGAAUGGGAGCAGGAGGAAUGGGAGGAAUGGGAGGAAUGGGAGGAGGAAUAGGAGGAGGUGGAAGAGGAGCAGGCAUGGGCACCGGUGGAGCAAUAGGUUCCAGAGCGGCUGAGCCUUACCGCCUGGCCACUCACGAGAGUCCAAGUUCCCCCCGACACAUGCAGUCUGGCCAGGGGACCGGCAUGGGUCAGGGCUCGGGGCCGGGCCACGGAAUGGGUCAGACUCCAGCUGGGUCCGGUAUGGGAGGCCACGGAGGUCAGACUCCUGGUCAGCACGCCUCCCGUCGAAACCUCCAAGUCGACUUCAGCGGCUCCAGGACAGGACGGUCUCCCUCUGCGUCUCCCGACCGCGGUGUGACGCCCACCUCGCCCUACUCGGUGCCACAGAUCGCACCCAUGCCGAGCAGCAAACUGUGCCCGGUGUGCACCACCACAGAGCUCUCCAACCCACCGGCUGUACCCAACUACAACACCUGCACUCAGUGUAAGGCCACCGUGUGUAACCAGUGUGGAUUCAACCCCAACCCACACCUCACUGAGGUCCAGGAAUGGCUGUGUCUGAAUUGUCAGAUGCAGCGGGCUCUUGGCAUUGAUAUGACCACGCCUCGCUCUAAGAGCCAACAGCAGAUUCACUCUCCAUCCCAUCAAGCCAAACCCAUCGUCCAGCCUCAGCAGCCUGCACCUCAGCCAAAACAGCCGACAGCAGCUCCACAGCCCAAAUCUUUGGCGCAGAGUCAGUCCCCCCAGCGGCAGCAGCAGCAACAACAGCAGCAUCCUCAGUCUCAUCCCUACGGCCAGUCUCAACCCUACUCCCAGUCCCAGCCAUACUCCCAGUCCCAGAAGUACCCCCAGUCCCAACCCCAGUCUUACCAUCCAUCCCAGCCAGGGCCUCAGACUCAGUCUCAUCCCCAGUCUUACCCUCCAUCCCAGCCAGGGCCUCAGACUCAGCCUCAUCCCCAGUCUUACCCUCCAUCCCAGCCAGGGCCUCAGACUCAGUCUCACCCCCAGUCUUACCCUCCAUCCAAGCCAGGGCUUCAGACUCAGCCUCAUACCUCCCCAGGCUUACAGAGACACCCAACCCCUGGUGGCCCCCAGGCUCAGAUAGGGCCGUCUCAACAGGGGAUGAGGUCCGACCCAUACUCCCAGAGGGGUCAAGGAGCUCCAGUAGCUGUUGGAGGUGCUGCAGGAGGCCCCAACCAGCCUGGAGGUCCACGAAUUCCCCACCCUGGCGCUGUGCCACUCCCUGGCUUGGCCAAAGCACCCUCCCAACCCGAUUUGGGUCGUGGUUCUCCGAUGCACCAGUCCAUGGCACGGCACCAUGACCAGACCAGAAGUGCCGGCUCCUCCCCAGCCCACAGGCCUCAGAGUCAGGCCCCGCCUCCUGCGCAGGAUGGCCUGACCAAGCUAUUUGGCUUCGGGGCAUCCCUCCUCAAUCAAGCUAGUACCCUAAUCAAUGUCGACCCUCUACCCACCGCCUCUACCCAACCCAGCCCGGCACGAGGCAAGGUGGUGUUUAGUAAUGCAGCACCUGACAACAGGCAGCAGCAACAAGGGGCCCCGGCCACCAAACCAUUCGGGAUGGGGGGUCCUCAUGCUCCAACUCAAAUGGGUGGUCCUCAUGCACCGAGCCAAAUGGGAGGCCCCUAUGCACCGAGCCAAAUGGGGGGUCCUCAUGCACCGGGCCAAAUGGGGGGUCCUCAUGCACCAGGCCAUAUGGUAGGUCCCCAAUCAGGUGGUCCACAUGCGCCAACCCAUAAGCAACAGCAGCAGACCACGCCCCAUCAACCAGGCAUGCUGCAACAGCAGUCGCCCAUACAUCAUCAAAGAGGGCCACAGCAAGGAUACCAACAGCAGCAAUCACCUGCACAUCUGCAGAAAGCGCCGCAGAAGAAGGAGCCCAUGGUAGCUCCUGUGCCAGAGCCUGUGAAGCCCAAAGUGAACUGUCCUCUUUGUAAAACAGAGCUCAACAUCGGCAGCUCCGACCCACCCAACUAUAACUCCUGUACGCAGUGUCACAGCCAAGUGUGCAACCUGUGUGGUUUCAACCCUACGCCACAUCUGGUGGAGAAAAAAGAGUGGUUAUGUCUCAACUGCCAAACCCAGCGGCUGAUGUCCGGAGGUGGUCUCGACGAACCUCCACUUCCUGUUCCUCACCCAUCUCCCAAGCACCAGCCAAUGGGUUCACCCCGUCACCAGGCGCCAGCCAGUCAGCAAAGCCCUCUUCACAAACCCACCAGUCAGCAGGGGCCCAAGCCAGGCCAGCCCCAAACACAGAAACCGCAGGCGGGAAUUGGCGGUAGCAGCCCAUUUGCACCGACCGCUACCAAACAGCCAACCGACAUUAAGACCACAACACCAGCUACGGCACCAGUACCGACCACAGAGACCCAGAAACAGCAGAAACCCACAGAAGAGAAACCCAAGACUGAGCCUGAGAACCAAACUGCCAAAGAUACAAAAUCCUCCCAGAAGAAGGGAGAGCAGAUCACACCGAUCAAGGAAAUGAAGAAGUCCAGGCAUUAUGACGAUACAAAAAACAACAGCACCCAUGACUUGUCACGCAGUCCUCAGAGCCUCAGUGACACUGGCUACUCCUCUGAUGGCAUCUCAAGCUCUCACAGUGAAAUCACAGGUCUAAUUCAAGAAGAGGAGAUGAAGCUGAGUGAGAGGGGGAUCAGUGGGCGAGGCUCUCCACCAAGCCCUUCUGAAAUCACUAAGCUAGAAAGCUCCAUGAGGCCUUUGCUGGAGAAGAGCCUCUCUGAAGACAAGGCAGACAGAAGGGGCAGGAAGCACAGAGAUAGAGACUUGGAUGACAGAGGGAAGCAGCGCCCACGCUCCCUGUCAAUCCCACCAGAUGCAUACGACUCUGAUGAGGAACUAGAGGAUAUACUGGAAGAAGAAGAGGAUGGAGGAGACUGGGAAGGCAAAAGGAAAGAAGGGAAGGAGGAAAAGAAGGAGAAAAAAAAGAAAGAAAAAGAGGCUGAGCCUGCAGAGAUGACCGAUGAGGAGUUCAUGAGGAGACAAAUAAUGGAGAUGAGCGCAGAUGAAGAAAAUGAGGAAGAGGAAGAGAUGGAGGAAGAGGAGGAUGAGGAAGAUGAAGGAUAUGGCUACCAGAAACCCAAGAAAAGCCACCAUAAGCACAUCAUCUCUGACUCAGGGAAAGAGAAGAGACGCCUUCAGCACCACUCCAGCAGUUUUGAGGAGGAAACUAAGAGCUCCACUGAUGUUUACAAAGGCUCAGUGGAGGAGGGUGAGGAAGAUGUGAUGGCAUCACAAGGAGGCCUUAGGCGCUUCAAAACCAUUGAACUCAAUAACACCAAUAGUUACAGCCGAGACAUGGAACUCAGCAGUGAAAAUGACUUGAGUCUUGAUCGGGAACCAGAGCUAGAGAUGGAGAGCCUAACAGGAUCUCCUGAGGAACAUUCUCGGGGGGACUACUCCUCUACUUUGCCACCAACUUCAUCCUCAUAUGGUUCAGGUCAGUCUCCUACUUCCAUUUCAUCAAUGGAGGAGGACAGUGACAGUAGCCCCAGCAGGAGGCAAAGGCUGGAAGAGGCCAAGCAGCAAAGGAAAGCGCGCCACCGCUCCCAUGGGCCUCUCCUUCCCACCAUUGAAGACUCUUCAGAGGAGGAUGAGCUGAGAGAGGAAGAGGAACUUCUAAGAGAACAGGAGAAGAUGAGGGAGGUGGAACAACAGAGAAUAAGGAGUACAGCACGAAAGACCAAGAGGGACAAGGAGGAGCUGAGGGCUCAGAGGCGCAGAGAGAGGUCCAAGACACCACCUAGUAAUCUCUCACCAAUUGAAGAUGCUUCUCCGACAGAGGAGCUGAGGCAAGCUGCAGAAAUGGAAGAACUCCAUCGUUCUUCUGCUUCUGAAUAUUCUCCUCAGAGUCUUGACUCAGAAGCUGAAGGAUACGAGUCCAAACUUUACAAGUCAGGCAGUGAGUACAACCUGCCUACCUUUAUGUCUCUUUAUUCACCAGUAGAGAAAUCAUCGACCACAACAACCACCACAGCACCAUCUUCAACUUCCAAACCACUGAAGAGUGCUGAGGAGGUGUAUGAAGAGAUGAUGAGGAAAGCAGAGAUGCUUCAAAAACAACAGAAACAGCAGCAACAACAGCAGCAACAUGGAAGACAUGGGCAGUACUAUGAGGAGGAUGUUAACGGACAAGGUUUUGAUGAAGAGUAUGAAUAUGAGCAAGAACAAACAGGAUAUGAUAAUGAGGCAGCAGAGACAGAAACAGAUAUUUAUGAGGAGAUUCGACAGACAUCUCAGAAUAUUACUAAGAUGCAGCAGGCCACUGAUGAGCAAGUAGAGAUUGAGAUUGAGAGCUCCUACCCAGACAAACAGCUCCUUGACACAGGCUCAGCCUUUGCUAAGUUACUGGAGCAAAGCAAUGCUCUCCUGACUCCAGGAACCAGCCCCACGCAGAUCUCAGCUCCGGUCUCCUUUGCUGAGACUGGAGGACGGAUCCCUGAUGUACGAGUGACACAGCACUUCUCUGCAAAGGAUGGACACAAAGACAGGAUCAAAAGCCAAGCAGGAAAGAAUGGAAUAACUCCAGCAGUGGCUGCCACCACUAUUGCAGCUUAUGGAGUUUAUGCUAGAGAUGCAGUAACUAUUUCUCAGACAAGUACAAGCCACACUAUGACAUCUACCCAAUCUGCUAUGUAUGGCCGACACACGGGAAGUCCUGCUACAUCCUCAGCUACAGUCUCCAGUGUAUGCAGUAAGAUUGCAGAGAUUACCCAGGCCUAUAGUCAACGAGAGGUGAUCACCAGAAGGGUAGGGGAGACUAGGGGUGUCCAAGUGCGCGACAGCUCAACAUCUUCUCCUGAGAGAAUUAUUGAGCCACGUUCUCCCAAGUAUACUACAUAUUACAGGAGCACCAGUCCUCCCCUUUCUCCAUCACCACCACCACAAAGUCCCACCCGUUCACCUUCCAGAAGGGCUACAGCUGAGUUCUCUACACAGACUUUCAGUUCAGCAUUACGAAUGGACUCAGCUGGAUCUGGGCCUACAUCUCCAGUGAUAGCUCAGGGAACCCAAACAUCACAUCGAUCAGUUUCCCCACGACUCUACCGACAGCAGUCUUCCCAGGAUGCUCCAUACUCCCCACCUUCCAGUCCAGCUAAGCCAGUGACAGUCAACACUGCUACUUCUCCUCUGUCAUCGCCUACCCGAUUUAGCCGUCAAUCAACGUUUGAUACGUACUCGCCAUGUGGCAGCCCUCCAGACACUCCACCUUACCAACAGUCUCCUACACGCAGCUUCUAUCAAACACAAAGAGUUGAGAAGGUAAAUGUGGGAACAAGUAUGGUUACCACAGUGAGCACUUACACAAGAGGGUCCAUGUCAAUGGAUAACAUCUCUCUGUGUCGCAUAUCUACAGUCCCAGGUACCUCUAGAGUAGAGCAAGGCCAUAUGAUCCAAGGUGGCAGUGUUGUGGACCUCAGAACAGCUACCCAACCAGCUCCUUUUAUCAUGACUGAUCAAGGAAUGGAUCUCACCUCCUUGGCCACUGAAAGCAGGAAAUACCAUGGUGGGUCAGAGGGGAGCAGACAUUCAACAAUUGUACAGCCCCUGAUUAUGAACCUGAAUGCCCAGGAGACCACUACACCAACCACUGUGAGUGUCACUGUGGCUGCUUCUAUGUUCAUGACUCAGCCCAAACAGCCAACUGUCUAUGGUGAUCCUCAUCAAAACAGAAUAGAUCUGGGUCAGGGCAUGGGUUCGGCCGUGUGUUAUUCCCAAAACAAACCACCAAUAUCAACUCAAACUGACCCAUCAAUACCAAAAAUUGAUGCCAAACUGGAAGACCUCAGUGUCCAACAGAGAGAGCUACAACUACAACAAGAGAAGUUGCAGAAGCAACAAGAGCUUCUUGAACAACAGUUGCAGCAGCACCAUCACAUGCAACACCAGCAGCAACAGGUAUCUGCUUUGGCCAGGUACAACCUUACUGGCCAGAUCUCACCUUUAAUGAAAAAAGACUUGCUAGUCAGCCAGACUAGUACUGCCUCAUCAGUGGUCAGUGCUGUAUCACCAGUCAUUAACCAUGAGAUGUAUGGCACUGGUCCCGUUGAGCUUAAAGGGAAGCCUAGUCCUCCUGGUGUGAUUUCAGGUAAAUCACCACAUAGUAUGGUAGUGCAGAUUGAUGGAGGGCCAGAACAGGCCAGGGCUGUGACUCAGCUAGUGAAGGUAGAAGAAGGACAGGAUGCUAUGGAUCUGGCAGGAGGUCAAAUUAAACCUGACAACCAACCAGCUUGCUGUGAUGUUGUUUACCGACUUCCAUUUGGCGGAAGCUGUGUUGGUGUUUCUGAAAAAGAGGGCGUAAGGCCUCCCUCUGCCCCAGCUCUCACAUAUGAGUCUGACCAAGAAAGACAACCUGGAAGAUACGAAGAGUAUUCAAUGGAUGGACGUAAGGCCUACACAUUGCCUUUCCCUGGUAGACUCCAGCCUUCGAUGUCUGAUACAAACUUAGCUGACGCAGGGCUACAGUCCUAUCAAUCAAAACUAGAACCACACCUCCAAGCCCCGGAAGAACUUGCCAUGGAUCUAACUGCUAUGAAACAGGGCUAUGGAGGAUAUAUAGGGAUGCAGUAUGGCUCCUAUACAGAUUUACGACAUGGAGGAGACAUCACAGCUCAAACGCUGCCUAUAAGGAGAUAUAAUUCCUUGUCUAAUAUCAGUUCAGACUAUGGCUACUCUGCUCGUGACAUUGCUAGCUUCCAUGAAGCUAACUUGGCCCAGUACAGUGCUACAACUGCCAGGGAGAUCAGCCGGAUGUGUGCAGCACUCAAUUCCAUUGAUCGGUAUGGAAGCAACCCAGACUUGAUGCAGUUUGCCAGUUUUGGGAGAGGAACUGGCCCGGGGACCGCAAGACUGGCAGCUGGUCUUGGCAUGAGACAAAACCUCCUCUUUGGACUAGAUGGGAAACCAAUCUCCCACAGUCAAGCACUAACCAACCUUAUCAAUGCCCGGCAGGCCAGUCUCAGAGCCAUGUACCCCGCUGCCAUUAGAUCAUCUGAUGGGAUGAUCUACUCCACCAUCCAGACUCCCAUUGCUUCUACACUUCCCAUCACAACCCAGCCGGCUUCUGUUCUUCGCCCAUUACUGAGGGGAGUCUACAGGCCAUACCCUUCUGCCAAUAUGACACCUGUGCCCCUAUCCAGUCUUACCAGACUACCGAUGAACCCCAGAAUGCCCUUAUCCGGACAAGGUCCAGUCCGUUACCCAACACCAGGUCUUCUUCAAACAGUAUCAACCGCAGCCACUACUGCUGCUGCUUCAACUAUAGCACCGGCAACUGCUCCAUCAUCUGUUGCCAUGACAACUACCAGCUCUACAGUCCAGGAUGAACCCGUUUACCUUGGUAAAGGUGCCACAGUGACCUCAUCAUCAGAGAUCACUUCAGUACCUGGAACAGUUGUCAUCCCAGUGGAGCCCCAGCAGCAACCAAUAAACUUGUCCCAGGCUCACCUGAAUAAUCAACAACAACAACAGCCUUCAGCAGCCCAUGCAUACCCACCCAUAGCUCCUUCACACACCCACGGCUACACCCAACCUCCAGUAGGCCCUUCUGCCCCUGCCAGUGGCUUACCAAUUCCAGGGGGUCUUCCACCCUUCCCACCACCAGGUGCUAUACACAAAGAGGGUGAAACUGAGGCAGACAGGUUGCAUCGACAGCAGAAGCAGCUCCUACAGAUGGAAAGGGAACGUGUGGAGCUGGAGAAACUCCGGCAACUGCGCCUGCAGGAGGAGCUGGAACGAGAAAGGAUAGAGCUGAAGCUGCACAGAGAGAAGGAGCAGAUACUGGUGCAUAGAGAGUUGCAGGAGCUGCAGAACAUCAAGGAACAGGUUAUUCAGCAGCAGCAACAUGAACGCGAGAAACAACUUGUUGUCCAGAGGGAACAGCUGGCCCAGCAGAAGUCCCAGUUAGACCAGAUCCAGUCUUUGCAGCAACAGCUCCAGCAGCAGCUUCAAGAGCAGAAGAGACAGAAAACAGCCGCUGCAGUUCAGGGCAUUCAGCUGGAUGCAAGUGGACAGCCUCUGCACCCUUACAUGGACUCUCAGAUGGGCUCCCGUUCCCUCCCCAACUCUUCAUCAGAGAUGUGUCUGAGGAGCCAGGAGGAGCACAUGGAGACCAGGAGCAACAUGAGGAAACAUAGCUCCAUGACCAGGCUGAGCAGGGACAGCUUGGAUGGAGAUGGCGUGGUGUUCUACGGCUCCCCCCGCAGGAUCGUGGACAGCUGUGUGCAGACAGAUGAUGAAGAUGGAGAGGAGAGGUACAUGAUGCGUCAUCGCACCAGGAGGCGUGGUCGCAGCGUUGACUGCUCCGUGCAGACAGAUGAUGACGAAGACAAGGCUGAGACAGGACAGCCAGUCCGCCGAAGACGUUCCCGUUUCUCUCGGCACUCUGAGUCCAAUGCCACUGGCAGCAGCACAGCUGCCACAACCACGGCAUCCACUGACACCAAAACCGACACCCCCAAGAUGGUAUCUUCCAGUAUCGCCAUCCAGACCAUCAGGGAAAUGUCCUGCCAGACAGAAGUGGAGCACCUAGGAAGAAUCUCCCCAGCAAUCCAUGUGACAGUACCAGACCCCAACAAAGUAGAGAUUGUGCACUACAUCUCAGGACCUGAGCGGACCCAAAAGGGACAGUCUCUAGCAUGCCAGACUGACCCGGAAGCUCAGUCACAAGGUGUUGUAGCUCCCCAGCUCAGUGUACCAACAACAGUCAGUCCAUAUUCUUCCUCUAUCAGUACUGGGACACAACAAUCCGGUUCUGCUGACCUUCAGAACCAGCAGCGCCAGCAACAGCAUAUCACAGCAAACGCAGCCAAGUUUGAGCGACGCCGCCCCGACCCACUCGAUAUCAACUACCAGCCACACAACCACCUCCACAAUGAGUCCAUCUCCAGCAUCAUCCGGCAGCAGCAGACAGCCCCCAAAUCCCCGCAAGUCUUGUAUUCUCCUGUCUCCCCAGUGUCCCCUCAUCGCCUGCUGGAAAAUUCUCUGUCCAGUGAGCGACUGAAUAAGGCCCAUGUCACACCUCAGCAGAAGUCCUACACAGCUGAGUCCCCCCAACGACACCCCUCUGUGCCCCGACCCAUCAAGAGCACCCAAAGGUCCAUGUCAGACCCUAAGCCUCUCAGCCCCACCACAGAUGAGCAUACCAAGGCCAGGCUGUCCCUGUAUCAACAACAAGCACUCCAGAACCAGCUGGCAGCCCUUCAGCAGAGCUCACUGUUGCGUAAGGUCAAGCGAACCCUGCCCAGCCCUCCUCCAGAGGAGACCACAUCAGUUCACCUGCCCAUGAUGACACCUGCCCUCCAACAGGUCUACCUGCCUAACGUGCCCAGCCUCAAGCCCAGCUCCAGGUCUGGCCUGGCUGCCAAAGCCAGCCUUCUCAAAGACCUCACCCAUGAGCUGAAGGCCGUGGAGCAAGAAUCUACCAAGCUGAGAAAGCAGCAAGCUGAACUGGAGGAAGAAGAGAAAGAGAUUGAUGCAAAACUGAGAUACCUAGAGCUGGGGAUCCACCAAAGGAAAGAGACACUGGUCAAGGAGAGGGAGAGGAGGGAUAUUGCCUACCUGAGAUGUAUGGGGGACACUAGGGACUAUAUGUCUGAUAGUGAGUUGAAUAACCUACGUUUAGCAGCUGCAGCUGCAUCACAUGAGACCAAUGGGCUACUGACAACGAGACCGAGCACAGCUCCUCUCAGCCAGUUCACCAGCGAUCUCAACACAGCAGCCCAGUACCCACCCACCUCAUCCUUCCUCUCCUGUCAGUACCCCCAGAGCCAACCGGCAGCUCCAUCUCAACAAUCAAGUGUACCAUACCAGUCCACCACAUUCAACCAGCCUCCCUAUCCUACUGUGUCACAGUCUCAGGCACUACCACAGCCAACACCCCUCCAAAGCCAUGCCCACCCUCCAGGACCUACCUACCAGUCUCAAACCUCCUACCCUUCCCACACCUACCCCCAAACUCAGCCCCCAUACCCCCAGACAGACAUGGGGUUACCUGCUGCACCCCAGCCUCAGCCCCAACCAGGGCAUACAGGCUUUGGGCCAGCACCACCAGGUCAGCCCCCAUACCCCACCCACAGCUCACCCUAUCCCAGCGCUGUGUCCUCCUACCCUAGCCAGACCACCCCAUACCCUGGGCAACCCCAAGCUGAUAUCCUCACAGUCCAUCCGGGAAGGCCCAGGCAGACUUCAUUAGCUGAUCUGGAGCACAAAAUGCCCACCAACUAUGAGACGAUCAGCAACCCCACAGUUGUGGUUACCACCACGGCACAGGGCGCCACUUAUUCCAGUGCAGCCCCAUCUUAUGAUCAGUACACUGGUACGACAACCAUGGCUAGCUCCUAUGGGCCCUAUGGCUCAGCACCUGUGUCCAGCAGCUACGGUGGGUACUCUGCCAUGCCACCCAACACUUAUGGCCAGUAUACUUCAAGCUCAGCUAGUUCAUAUGGCCAGUACACCACAACCACUGCUAACACUUAUGGGUACCCCACUACCACAGCCAGCUCAUAUGGACAGUACAGCUCUACUGUUUCCAAUGCCUAUGGGCACUCUGUAGACAGUCCCUCCACCUACAGCACGGCAGAUGGGAUGUACAUGGCUCCUGGUUUAGAGCAAAACAUCCCCAGAAACUACAUGAUGAUUGAUGAUGUAAGUGAGCUGACGGCAAAAGACGGGCUGGGCACGACGACAGGGGACAUGAUGCAUCAUGGCAGCAGUGGGCGUUAUCCGGGCGACAUCCAUGGCCACAGCAGCACGACGCGUGGGGGAACUGGCAGCUCCUCGUAUGGCAGGGCACCCGAGGAAGAAGCAGCGAUGCAGGAAGAGUUGUACGACCACCAUGGCAGGGGUAAGAGCAGCUACAGGCACGGACCUCUAGGGGGCAGCAGCAGCAGCGUGAGCGCUAGCAUGGGUGGGGGAUCCUCCUAUUACUAUGACUACGACUACAAACAUGGCAGCAUCCGCUCCGGGGUACAGAAACCUUCGUCAUCCUCCAGAAGCCUUCUGGCUCCUGCUGUCAUGUCCUCCAAGCGCAGCAAGCACAGGAAACUGGGGAGUAUGGAGCAGAAAAUCUCCAAGUUUUCCCCCAUUGAGGAGGCUCGAGAUGUGGAGGCAGACCUGGCUUCCUACUCCUCAGCGGCAGGUGGAACUUACCCCUCCUCCCAUAUUAGAGGGCGCCAGUUGAUCGAGGAUUAUGGCUUUAAGAAGACUUCCUACGACAGCACCACCCAUGGUAGUCGAUACUACGGUUCGAUGGGUGAGGAAGAUGACCGGAUUUACUACACCUCCACUGGCCGAUCUCGUUCCACUGGCUACGGCAUGGACAAGAUUUCAUCCAAGGACUACUCUGGGUAUCGCAGCCGAUCCUAUGAGAGAGACGAUCGCUCAUACCGAUCUGGCUACAGCCGGGGACGCCACCCAAACCGGCAGUACUCUGAAGAGGAGAGCCCACUCAGUCCCCUGGGGAGGUUCAUGGGUUCUGGGAGAUCAUCAAGCUUAGGUCCCGACCCAUACGACAGUCGAAGCAAUAGAUAUCAAUACUAUGAUGGCCAAUAUGGUUCCAGCCACUCGCUGCCAGACGUACAAGACCACAUACGGGACCUUCCGCGGACGCAUGUCUACAAGUCGGAUGAUACGUACUUAAUAGACGAUUAUCAUUGUGCUGUGUCAGACAGCGAAGCCUACCAUCUUGGCCAGGAGGAGACUGACUGGUUUGAGAAGCCACGCUCCAGUUCGCGACACUACGGAAGCAGUCACUCAACUGGGAGGAGGAGCCACAGUGUCAAACAUACCUACCAUGAUUAUGAUGAGCCUCCCGAGGAGGACCUGUGGCCCCAGGAUGAGUAUGGCCAAGGAGGGCGACACUCAUCAUCCCGUGACCACCGGCACCACGGCAGCACUAGCCGACACUCGUCCUCAUCACGUCAUUCAGAUGCAGAGCAGAGGGCUUCGAGGUCAUCUAAAGGGCACCCCAAAGACCCAACAAUGCGCCACGACCCUUCAGUACGAUCAUCAUCUACAGGAAGACGUGGUGACUCAAGGUCUGGAGGGUACCACUCAUCGGAAUACAGCCGGGAUCCAUCUGGGCACCACCAUGGCCAGCGAUCCUCCAGACAGGGAGACCCACACCGGUCCUCACGCAGCAAGUCUCAGCAGCAGGUGGACAUGCAGGGCCAACCACCAGGCACGUCCAGGUCUGGCAGCUCUUCCCGGGCUCAGGGCCCCGCUGGUGGUCCUACCGGAUCAAGUCGACAGGGUGUUCCAGGUUCCCAAACAGAUGGGGUUCCGGGACAGCGGACCCAACUCCAACAACAAGCCCAGACUUCGGCAGCCCGACCAGGGCAGCCUGGUGUUGCAGCGACCACUGGCCCUCAGCAGCAGCCCCCACCCCAGGGACAAGGCAUGGGCAUGGGAAUGGGCAUGGGCAUGGGGCAAGGCCAGGCCAAGCCAGGGCAGAUGGGACCAGCAGGUGGACCCAUGGGGCAGGCCAGGCAGACAGGUCCCACUGGAAACACACCAGCCACCAUGGCCAAAAUUGACACGCCUCCAGUAACAGCCAUUGGAGCGAAGGCAGCACCCGUCAUGGCUACAAAAGCAGCCCAGCCCCCACUUACAGGCAUAGGCUCCAAGGCAGCUCCUAGGCCAGGAGGGAUUGGCAGUGCCGCAGCAGGUCAGCCGGGCAUGGAGGGAGAUGGCAUGUUCUCCAAGAUCCUGCCAGGAGGAGCCGCUGAGCAGGCCGGAAAACUGGGAGAAGCUAUCUCUGGUUUUGGCAAGAAGUUCACCUCUUUAUUCUAA